AUGCUCGCCGUCGGUGACGUCGCAGGAGACGUUCAUCUUGUCGUCAACAACACCGUUCUUAGCACGAUAAAAGUUCACUCACAAGCUGUCUCCGCCCUCGACUGGAUAUCGCAUUCACAACUAGUAUCAUGCGGAACCGAUGGCCACAUAGCUGUUUUGCAACUGAAGGGAACUUCUCUGGAAGUUGAUAAGGUAUCAAACUCGUCGUCAUCAAGCACAAGUCGCCUAUCGAUUGUGCGCCAUGCAGCUAGGUCAGGUGCCGACGCGUGCAUAGCCAGUGAGACAGGUGGCUUAUGGAUAGUUUCGUUGCCAGAUCUUCGUCCGAAGACCGUAGUCAGCGAACCACAAGCGGUCCAAUCGAUUCUCUAUCUUUCACCAUUCAUUGCUCUAUGUGGAGAUCCUGAAUCGACGACGUUGCUCCUCAACGACGGCUCAUUCGUCGACACUUUGCCGAUUGGUGCCCUUGAUCAGUGCAAAGUCGACGAGGAAAUGCUUGUCAUCGCUGACGGUACCCAGAUUCUGAUAUAUGAUGUUUCAACAAGGACAAGUAAUGCUUUCUGA